AUGUACGAUCGUGUCGCGCUAACCGAUGGACGACAGACAGCAAGUUCAACGUUUGGUUAUUCAGUUCCAAAUUAUCGUUACCAGAGCGAUAUUCAAGGGUUUCUAACAGUUGUCACCACAUCACAAAACAUGGCAAACUAUAUUGACCCGACAAUCCAAACAUUUUACAAUUUUAUUCCCGAGGUUUCUUGCUUUGCAACUAAUCCCGUAGUUCCUGUUCAAGUAUGUCGAAAGAAAGCUCCAUUACAGAAUCCGCAAUUUCUUUGCAAAGCUAUCACUAAUCCGACCUCGCAAAUGUUACAAGUUGAACUUUGGCUUGGUUGGGCAUCUUAUGAUGCUGAGCCACCUCAAUUAAAUUAUAACACCAGCAACAAUACUGGUAACACAAACAGUCAGAACAACAAUAGUACCGAUAACAAUGGAGGUGGUAUACCAGUUAACAAUCCUCCCAUUUCUUCAAUUCCUAUCUCAUCUGGAAAUACCUCACCUCUACCUAGCGGUACUAAUGGAAAUAAUUCGCCCAAUCAAGUUGUGAAUAACGGAAACAGCAAUUCCAUAACAUCGAACGUGCCAUCGUUUACGUCUAAAAACGACGGAAUAAUAAAUUUGCGACCGAUAGAUCCAAUAAUAUUUGUAACAACUGCACAGAAGCUCAAAGACAUUCACAACCACACAAAAGUCUCAGAGAAAUUUAUAUUAUCACUAUAA